AGGAGGCGGUGCGGGGGGAGGCGGCGCCGGGGCGAGCCUGCGGUGGGGAUGGCGUGAGCGGCGCGGGAGCCGGCGGCGGCGCUUUGUGUGCCGGGCGCGGACAAAGGCGGCGCCCGCGGCGGCGGGACCGGGCAGAGGCCCCCGUUUGGGCAGGAUGCGCGGGGGCUGCACGGCGCUCCUGGCCGUGCCCUGGCUGGCCCUGCUGGCCCUGGCUUGGCAGAGCCCUGAGAAGCCGUCGGCCACCCCGCUUUUCACCCGUCGGCCCUUUCUGGUGGCCUGGAACAUGCCCACCCAGGACUGCAAGCCCCGCUUCCAGGUAUCCUUCGACUUUAGCCUCUUUGACCUGCAUGCCUCUCCCAAUGAGGGCUUUGUGGGACAGAACCUCACCAUCUUCUACAAGGAGCGCCUGGGGCUCUACCCCUACUACACCAGCCAGCGUGUGGCCAUCAACGGUGGUGUCCCCCAAAACAGCAGCCUGUCCGAGCACCUCGCCCGUCUCCCGGAGAACAUCAACAAGUAUAUCCGCUCGCCCACCAAGGAAGGGCUGGCUGUCAUUGACUGGGAGGAGUGGCGGCCCAUUUGGGCUCGCAACUGGAAGCCCAAGGACAUCUACCGGGAGGAGUCUCAGCAGCUGGUGUACCAACGGCAGCGCCACUGGUCCCGUGAGGAGGUGAACAAGCAGGCGGUGUUCGAGUUUGAGUCGGCCGCCCGGCAGUUCAUGGUGAGCACCUUGCGCCUGGCCAAGAGCUUCCGUCCCAAGCAGCUCUGGGGGUACUACCUCUUCCCCGACUGCUACAACCAUGACUACAGCAAGAACAAGGAGAGCUACACUGGGCAGUGCCCGGACGUGGAGAAGACACGCAACGACCAGCUGGCGUGGCUCUGGAGGGAAAGCAUGGCCCUCUAUCCCUCCAUCUACCUCGACUUGCUCCUGGCUUCCACUCCCAACAGCCGCAAGUUUGUGCGGGCACGGGUGAUGGAGGCUCUGCGCAUCUCGGAGCAGCACCAUGAUGGCUACUGCCUACCCGUCUUUGUCUACACUCGUCCCACCUACAUCCACAAGCUGGAUGUGCUCAGCCAGUCGGACCUGAUCUCCACCAUCGGAGAGAGCGCAGCGCUGGGUGCCGCUGGGGCCAUUUUCUGGGGCGACGCAAACAUCACCAAAAACCGGGAAUCGUGCCAGAUCAUCAAGAACUACCUGGAGGAGGACCUGGGCCGCUACAUUGUGAAUGUCACAACGGCGGCACAGCUCUGCAGCACGGUGCUGUGCCAUGGGCAGGGCCGUUGCCUGCGCCAGGACAGCACCGCAGAUGUCUUCCUUCAUCUCAAUUCCACCAACUUCCAGCUGCGGCGUCGGGAUGAGGAGCACCCCCAGCAGCCCCUCUUCUGGGCUGAGGGCCAGCUGUCCUCGGCCGAUAUCCUCUUCCUACGGACCCACUUCCGCUGCCACUGCUACCAGGGCUGGCAGGGCAGCAGCUGCCGGGUGUCCGCUGACUCUAGCAACGAUGCCCCUCAACCCCUGGCACCGCUCGGACUUGGGGUGCUGCUGCUGCUGCUGCUUGCAAGCUGGGGCUGAACCCCCCCGGACUGAGCUGGCCCCGCUUUCUGUGGUGAGGUGGGGACCUAUUUGAGAUGUCCCUGCCCUGCCUGUGUGGCAGCUUGUGACGGGCGCACCGUGGGGGGAGAGCUGUGCGGUCACCCCCCCUCUGCCCUCCCUGCUGGAGGGCGGGUGCCCCCCAUGGGGAUGGAGGGCAGGGAGGGU